GGCGAGAGCGAGCGCGAAGGCCGCGGGGAGCAGCGCUUGGACCGGCGCGGGCGGCGGCCAAGGCGAAGGGCCGCCGGACGGCGGAGGCGCAGAGGAAGGGCCUGGUGCGAAGAAUUCUAGACCAAGGAGCCAUGGAUAGGAGAAGUGUGGGGGAAACAGAAAAUGGAGAUGCUUUCGUUGACCUGAAGAAGCUGCGGGCCUCCAAAUCACCGCAUCGUUACACAAAAGAGGAGCUCUUGGAUAUCAAAGAACGGCCCCAUUCCAAGCAAAGGCCUUCCUGUCUCUCCGAAAAAUAUGACAGUGAUGGUGUCUGGGACCCUGAGAAGUGGCACGCUUCUCUCUACCCAGCUUCAGGGCGAAGCUCGCCGGUGGAAAGUCUGAAGAAAGAGUUGGAAACAGACCGACCUUCCCUGGUGCGCAGGAUAGUAGACCCACGGGAGCGCGUGAAAGAAGACGACUUAGAUGUUGUUCUCAGCCCACAGAGACGCAGCUUUGGCGGCGGCUGCCACGUGACAGCUGCUGUUAGCUCCCGGCGCUCGGGCAGUCCCUUAGAGAAAGACAGCGAUGGACUUCGCCUGCUUGGUGGGCGUCGCAUCGGCAGUGGAAGGAUAGUCUCUGGCCGGGCCUUUGAGAAGGACCACCGUCUCAGCGAGAAGGACCUGCGGGACCUGAGAGACAGAGACCGCGAGAGGGACCACAAGGACAAGCGCUUCCGGAGGGAGUUUGGGGAUAGUAAGCGUGUCUUUGGCGAGCGUAGAAGGAAUGAUUCUUACACGGAAGAAGAACCAGAGUGGUUCUCGGCUGGACCCACGAGUCAGUCUGAAACCAUUGAACUUACUGGCUUUGAUGAUAAGAUACUAGAAGAAGAUCACAAGGGGAGAAAAAGGACGAGACGGAGGACGGCCUCGGUGAAGGAAGGCCUAGUCGAGUGCAAUGGCGGAGUGGCUGAAGAGGAUGAGGUGGAGGUCAUCCUUGCACAGGAGCCUGCUGCUGAUCAGGAAGUGCCAAGGGAAGCGGUCUUGCCUGAGCAAUCUCCAGGAGAAUUUGACUUUAAUGAGUUCUUUAACCUUGAUAAGGUGCCAUGCUUGGCUUCGAUGAUAGAAGACGUCUUGGGAGAAGGCUCCGUCUCUGCCAGUCGGUUCAGUAGGUGGUUCUCCAACCCGAGCCAGUCGGGGAGCCGAUCCAGCAGCCUUGGGUCGACACCACAUGAAGAGCUGGAGAGACUUGCAGGUCUGGAGCAAGCCAUCCUCUCUCCUGGACAGAACUCGGGGAAUUAUUUUGCUCCUAUACCAUUGGAAGACCAUGCUGAAAAUAAAGUAGACAUUUUAGAAAUGCUACAGAAAGCCAAAGUGGAUUUAAAACCUCUUCUUUCCAGCCUUUCUGCAAAUAAAGAAAAACUUAAAGAGAGCUCACAUUCGGGGGUCGUGCUUUCGGUGGAAGAGGUGGAAGCAGGGCUCACGGGCCUGAAGGUGGACCAGCAAGCGAAGAACUCGACUCCCUUCAUGGCAGAGCACUUAGAGGAGCCCCUGAGUGCCGGAACCAGCAGUCGGCCACUCAAGAAAGACGGCGAUAUGACUGCUUUCAACAAGCUAGUGAGCACCAUGAAGGCGAGCGGGACUCUGCCUUCUCAGCCCAAAGUCAGCCGAAACCUUGACAGCCAUUUGAUGUCCCCUGCUGAGAUCCCAGGCCAGCCUGCCCCUAAGAACAUCCUGCAGGAACUUCUGGGUCAGCCCGUUCAGAGACCUGCGUCUUCCAAUCUUCUGAGUGGCCUCAUGGGAAGCUUGGAGCCUACGACAUCGAUCCUGGGCCAGAGGGCACCGUCUCCCCCCUUGUCACAGGUGUUUCAAACUCGAGCAGCCUCAGCAGACUACCUUCGGCCAAGAAUACCGUCACCGAUUGCUUUCACGCCGGGACCACAGCCGCUGCUCGGAGACCCAUUCCAAGGCACACGCAAGCCCACGAGCCCGGUCUCGGCCCAGAUGAGCCAGCUGGAGUUGCAGCAGACUGCCCUGGAGGGGCUGGCCCUGCCUCACGACCUUGCAGUGCAGGCUGCAAGCUUCUACCAGCCUGGUCUUGGCAAACCACAGGUGGACAGAGCCAGAGAUGGAUUCAGAAACAGGCAGCAGCGAGUGACCAAGUCACCAGCACCCGUGCACCGAGGGAAUUCCUCUUCCCCCGCGCCUUCUGCCUCCAUCACAAGCAUGCUCUCUCCUUCCUUCACCCCUACCUCAGUGAUCCGUAAGAUGUACGAGAGCAAAGAGAAGACCAAGGAGGAACCAGCAGCCGGGAAAGCCGCUGGGAGUGAGAGUAAAGAGGAUGCGCAGAAGGCCAGUGAAGAAAACCUCCUGUCGUCCAACUCUCUACCCAGUGCUGAUCGGGACUCCUCACCCACUACAAAUCCCAAACUGACAGCGUUACAGCGGUCUUCGUGUUCCACCCCACUGUCCCAGACCACCAGCCGUAAUUACACCAAAGAACAAGAUUACCGCCCUAAAGCAACUGGGAGGAAAACGCCCACCUUGGCGUCCCCAGUCCCAGGAACACCUUUCCUCCGCCCUGUCCACCAAGUUCCCCUCGUUCCCCAUGUCCCUCUUGUCCGGCCUGCUCACCAGCUUCACCCGGGGCUGGUUCAGAGGAUGCUGGCCCAAGGAGUCCAUCCACAGCAUCUCCCAAACCUGCUGCAAGCUGGUGUGCUUCCUCCUGGGAUGGACCUGACUCAUUUACAGGGCUUAUCAGGCCCAAUUCUGGGUCAGCCCUUUUACCCCCUGCCUGCUGCUAGUCACCCUCUCCUAAACCCUCGUCCUGGGACACCCUUGCAUCUGGCAAUGAUGCAGCAGCAGCUACAGCGCUCAGUUCUGCAUCCUCCAGGCUCUGGUUCCCAGGCGGCAGCUGUCAGCGUUCAGACGCCCCCUCAGAACGCGCCCAGCCGCUCAGGCCUGCCCCACGUGCACUCGCAGCUGGAGCACCGCCCCAGCCAGCGGAGCAGCUCCCCCGUGGGCCUCGCCAAAUGGUUUGGGUCAGACGUGCUCCAGCAGCCCCUGCCCUCCAUGCCUGCCAAGGUCAUCAGUGUGGACGAGUUGGAGUACCGCCAGUGAGCAGCACCCAGGCUCCCGAGGCCUGCACCCAGGGCCACACCCAGUCAGGACUCUGCUUCCUCGUCUUGGGUUGGUUUAUGGGCUUUUUUUUUUUACUUUGGAGCACUUUGUGCAAAGCUGUUUUGGGGGGAAGGGGGCACGCACCCCAUGUCUGCAUUAUGACAGAAGGAUCUUAACCAAUUGAGUGGGGCCUACGUGGUCUGAACACAGGAGGCACAGUGUUGUCAUUCCUGGAAACAGUCUUUCUUUUUUGUAAGAUAUGUGAAUGAAGUGUUGGUGUCUUCACCAAGAGGUGGCACCUAAGGGUUCUGAGGAAAUAAAUGUAUAGACCCUUAUGUACAGACCUGUGUAUAAACAACUUUUGUAUAUACAUAUAGGAUAGCUUUUUUGAACUUAUACAGCUGUACAUAAAAGUAGCAGAUAUUAGUUAAGCCUGUGUCAACAGUUUGGAUUUUUUUCACUUGUACAUUUGGGACUUUUUUUCUUUUGGUUGAUUAAAGUUGCAUAUGCCCAGUGUGUGGAU